GCUCAACAACUCACAGCUGACUGACUGACGACAGGUUGCGCAACCGAGACAAUAAUAAAAAGGAGACAAAGACGUCAUCACCGGACAGAAAAGCCCCAAUGCUCCCAGUAUCACAGCUGCUGGUCCCAGUCGGGAUUCAACUUUAAAGAAAACCUCUAGUUUUAUACUUUCAGCUACGUUUGCUCCAAGCAGACAGACACACGGAGACCACCAGCUCCACGGGGACCCGACUGCUUAUCUACUGGAUCUACUGGUUUCCUGCUGACCUACCAUUUGAACCAGUCUGUCUGAAGAGCUCAAGAUGAGUGAGGGCACAGCCACAGCCAGGUCUCAACUGUGUCUGAAGAGGCUAUUAGACGAGCCCCAGGAUAAUAUACUGAAAUGUAAACGAGCCCGUCUGGCUCCGCCCCCUCCAGCACUCGGCCUAUCACCCUGCCUCAGGCCCACAAGCCCGGCCCCCAAAUCAAGCCAAAGCCAAACGCCAUCCAGAGUUGGACCAUACCUCCUUUUUGAACGCUGUGAGGGGGAGGAGACUUACAGGGCUGUGCACCCACAGACACAACAGCAGUACACCUGCCAGGUGCUCCCUCUGCGUGGUUACCAGGAGCAUUUGGCUGCCUACGCUCGCAUUGGUCAUCACGACAACAUCUGCGGCCUGCUGGACGUGGUGAUUGGCCAGGACAAAGUGUACGUCUUCCUGCCCGGUCACCACGGUGACAUGCAUGCAUACGUGCGCAGCAGGAAGCAUCUGGGCGAGGAGGAAGCGGGGCUCCUUUUUGCUCAGAUGCUGAAUGCCGUGAUGCACUGCCAUCACCAUGGAGUCGUCCUGAGAGACCUGAAGCUCCGCAGGUUCGUCUUCACUGACAGAUACAGGACUCACCUCGCUCUGCUCGGCCUUGACGACUGUGUCCUCCUGCACGGCAGCCAUGAUGAUGACUCUCUGACAGACAGACAUGGCUGCCCUGCCUAUGUUGGCCCCGAGCUGCUGACCAAUGGGAACGGAUCGUACUCGGGCCGCGCUGCAGACAUCUGGAGCCUGGGAGUGUCUCUGUACACCAUGCUGAUUGGACGAUACCCGUUUCAGGACACACAGCCUGCCGCGCUGUUUGCAAAGAUCCGCCGCGGGACCUUCAGCCUCCCUGAUUGGCUGUCAGCACGGGCCAAGUGUCUCAUUGCCUGCAUGCUGAGGAAGUCGCCUGCUGAAAGACUGGAGGCAUCUGAGCUGCUGAUGCACCCAUGGCUGACCAAUCCCUACACGCCACAUCAUAACGUGCAUAAGACUCAUCACAAUUCACACACAACACCACAAAAUAAACAAGAGGACGAUGACGAUGACCAAGUGGUGCCAACAUGGACUCAAAAACACUAACACACACACUUAUACACACGUUUGUACUUCUAUACUUGUGAGGACCCUCAUCCCCAACUAACAAUAACCAGCACAACUAAAUAACCCCAGUCCUUUUACUAAACUUUAACCCUAAUGGUGCUUUCACACCUGACCCGUUUAUUUCAGUUAACAUGACCUCUGGUGUGUUUGACCAUUUAGUACAGUUCGUUUGGACUGGUGUGAAAGCUCAACCCUGAACCCUGAAGCAAACUAAACAACCAGAACCAGACUUCCUUAAAAGGAAGGUCUCAGUCUGCCGCCAUGCAACCACGCCACAGGCAAACUGUAUUUUGUUUGUGGCGUGAAAACAAAGGGACCAAGCAUAGACGUUAUGACAGUUGAUGCGAUUUCAGCAUUAUUCAAAAGCUAAAAAUUAAAUCCAUCUGCUGAUUGCAACCUAUUCAAGAAGCCUCUGUAUAAGCAAUCUGUAUCUGCUACUAAUAAUGCUCACAAUAUGCUACUCCUGUGAGAGCUCUUUGUGAAAAUGAAUUGGACUAGAACUAAAAAGCAACAACAGAUGUUUUUUUCCCUCGGUUGAGACCCAAUGUACUGAACUACAGGUAUGAGAGUGACCUCAAACCAGCUCUGAACGCUCAAACAGCCUUUGAACAAAUGUCCUCACACCCACAGUCAAAAACUCUAGUUGGUCCUCACAAAGAUAGACAUACAAGAACAUACAAACACUACAGAGACAGUCUGAUCCUGGAUUACUUGACCCUCAGGUGCCUUCCUCUCCCUCUGGCUGUGUCUCAAUUCUAGCUCCGCCUCCUCAGCAGUGAUCACACCUUGAGGCCUGAACUUACUCCUUGUCUUCCACAAAUCAUCUGAACUGCAGAGGAUUCGUAACUGAGUCGCCAGUUCCACCUGUACCUAACACAAACCAGAACUAAUGGUGUGUUCAGGUGUCCCUCUUCAAACCGUAAGAGUUACAUCCAAAUGUUAAACUGGGCGUGUCUGAGCUGUGACGUUUGACUUCAAUCAGUGCAGCAGUUUAAUGGCAAACACAUACAUCUAACUUCAGUCAGUGUUUACAUGCACUUUAACAAUAACACUGGCUAUAUUCUACAUAUUUAUGUCUUGUCAACAAAUCCCAUAAAAAGACCAAAAAGAAAUUCUAUGAACAAGUAUUGUGUUAUUAGUCUGUGCCAGAGCUCCAUUGUUUUUCAUAAACUAUUAAAAACACAUCACUGAGCCACAACUUUGCACAGUUUAUUAUAACAAACACAGGCAUUUUAGUUUAUUUUGAGUCAGUCCCACAUACACCAUCCCGCUGCUGUAAAUACUCACAAGGCACAACAAAUGUGUACUAAUCCACAGCGUAACAUGACUGAGCCUUUUUAAAAGUCAAACUAUAUUUUUGACCCAUUUCUAAGGAUUUACGUCCCUCACUAGGAACCAACAGGCUACAGGCUGAGUGCCACAGACAGGGUAGGAAAAUCAAAAGGUAUUGAGAGACUAAUACAAAGUUUGUCUUGCUUUUUCCAUGGGAUUUGUUGACAAUCAGAAAAAUACUGGUUACAUUUGUUGUUAUCCAGUAAGCUGAUUCCUAAUUGCCAGGUUUCUAAUUGUUUUUUCUACAAGUACGCAUGUGCAUGGCAAAGACUUUAAACAGUGACAGUAUAUAAGUGGGUGAAUCAAAGUAGAAAUUCGCUCUUGCAUUCAAAAUAAUUAAUUAAAGUCUGACUGAGACUGAAACCAACAUAAAGAAGCCUGUAGAAGUCCAAGUAAGUCAGUUGUCACCGCUGAACUUGUGAAGAUAAAACCCAGCGUCUUCUGUGUUAAAAUUAGAAAUUUAUGUUUCCAAAACAAAGUAAUGUGUUUAUUGAGCCGCUGCAUGUAUCAACAGAUUUAUAGUAACCUGGAUACUUAAGUGCAUGUAAAUGUACUGUGUCCUGAUCCUGUGUGUAAACGAGUUUCACAGCCUCCAUGUGCGGUUGUGAUGAUGAACCAGGUUUGAUGACAAGAAGGAACUGUGGACUUGGAAUCUAGACUCAUCAUUCUUUGGUCCGCUUUCAACACACCUGGUUAUGACCAUUUAUGAUUGAAAGAGUUGAUGUAGACUGCCUGGACACACCACUGGUUUUAAAAAGGUGGAUUUUGAAGGAGUCUAAAAUGGGACACAGCUUAUUUCUCUCAGUAUUUAACUUCCCUAGCAUUAUAAGAGAAGAAGGGUCAGUAUUGUUGUUGUACAAAGUCACCAGCAACUCACAUCCUUAUAAAAAACAGAAAUAAUCAGAGACACAAUUUCAAUAGUGACCAACAAUGACAUACUGUCAUUAUCAAAGUGUCCUGUCCUCUUCUGAUGAUCCUGAUUUAAAUUCAUGGAAGCAGAGAGCCAACAUGAUAGACAAAAUAUUUGUCAGGUCUGUUAUCUCAGGAUUAAAGCUUCAUUUGCAAAUUGUUUUUGCGUUUUUUGCAGGAAUGGUUAUCCUUAAAUAACAAUUAACUCGUUUUUUUUCAUAGAUAUAAAUUCAUAAGUAGUUUUCUUGUGACAUAACCUCUAAUUUUAACCAGCGAACAAACAUGUCCAUCACUGUAAUAAUAAUAAAAUACAGGCAGGCUUAUUUAAGGAACACCUCUUGUUUUUGGGGCUUUAAGGGCCCAGUGCCUGACAAAUUGGCUUUGACUAACCAUCAUCCAAAAAUAACAACAGCUCAUGAGAUCAUAAGAAAACUAUUUUUGACAUGUCAACCAAACAGUAUAACUACAUCUCAGGAUAACAGGGUUAAGGCUUGAACAUGAGCACCUUAUUAUGUUGCAUCAUAAUAAGGAAAUAGUUGCAAUCUUGAGCUAACUGGACUAAAAUUAUUCCUAAAACUCAAGUCUUGUGUUUCCUUUGACUAAGGCUGGCCAGUCGCCACCCAACAGACCUGCAGCAGCCAGUAGGAUGCCUUAUACUGAUAUACUGUAUGACUCAGACCUCAGUUACAGCUGGAGAAUAAAUAAAGAUAUUUCACAAACUGC